AUGCCGAUGAAUGACUCUGUCGUGGAUUGUAAGUAAUCACCGAUGGAGACUUGCUGUCCCUUUAGCUUAUAUACACAUACACGAUAAUUAUAAAUUGUUCUUGAAUUAUUCAAUGAGUAAAUAGUUUCCAUAUUUAUUAAUAUAUAUGUGAUAGUUGCAUUUUUUUGUUCAUUCAGCCAUUAGCCUUUUGAUUAGUUUAGUGUAAAGAUCUCAUCUUUUUGCUGAUCUAAGAUGCGGGUCAGUUUUAUUUUUUGUGAUUACGGAGUGAUUAGUGCAUAAUUUAUGAUUAGUUUUUUUGGUGGUUAAGUGUUUGACUAAAUGUUUGUGUGAGUUAUGGAUCAAGAAUUGAGUGAAAAGAGAGGAGUUGGUGAUGGAGUGGAUUUGGGUUUAGGUAAGGGUUUAGUUAGUAAUGAAAUGGUAGAGAAUUCAGGGGUUUUCGAUGAUCGGGUUGCGGUGGAGAUGACAAGGGAAAUGAGAGUUGUGGAGGAGAAGGGGUGUGAGAAUAGGGAUUUGGUUGAUCAUGAUGGUAAGGUGAAGGGUGUGGAUGAUGGUAAGUGUCCGUCGUGUGUGAUUGAUGUGAAGACUGGGGAAAGCUCGGAUGUGGAAUGGGUUUGUAGGAUAUGUCAUUUGAGUUCUGAGCAAUCGCUUGAGACUACGAGUACUAGUACUCAAAAUGAGAGGGAGUUGAUUCAGCUUGGUUGUGGUUGUAAAGAUGAGCUUGGGGCUGCACACUCUUAUUGCGCAGAGGCCUGGUUUAAGCUGAAAGGAAAUAGGUUGUGCGAAAUAUGUGGUCAGACUGCAAAAAAUAUCACAGGCAUCGCCGAUAACAGAUUUAUGGAGGAAUGGAACAAUAGAAUAUUAAGUGGUUAUGGUAUCCGCUCAUCUGAAAGGAAUGGAGGUUGUUGGAGAGGCCAGCCAUUCUGUAACUUCCUAAUGGCAUGCUUGGUAAUAGCCUUCGUUCUACCUUGGUUUUUCCGCGUAAAUAUGUUUUAGUGAAGAAGUUUGAGCCUCAUAGGUUUCAACUAUGAGCUAUCAUCACUUUCAUGGCUCAUGCCUUGUCUUUGGGGAAGCUUAGGUGGUUUUAGUUAUUCAAUAUACUUCAAGACUUGUGGGUAGUAUAUUAUUAAAAAUUUAGAUGGCCAGUCAUUUUCCUUUCUUUCCUCCAACAUUUGUUGGUCAGGUGCUGGUAUUGACUUCUAGUAGGAAAUGAAAAGCAUGCCAAAUGGCAUGCAUUUGUUUGUUUAUUUUUUCCCAUAAUGUUUUAUAAGAAAAUUGUGUUCCCAGUGAUUUUCCGAA